ACGGACCUGUGUUUUACAGCGACAGGGGAUUGGGGAACCCAGCGUGUACCAUGCGGUGGUGGUGAUUUUCCUGGAGUUUUUUGCCUGGGGGUUGCUGACCACUCCUAUGCUAACGGUGUUACACCAGACUUUUCCUCAGCAUACGUUCUUGAUGAAUGGCCUGAUUCAUGGAGUCAAGGGCCUGCUUUCCUUUCUAAGUGCCCCCCUGAUUGGUGCUCUCUCUGAUGUUUGGGGCAGGAAAUCCUUCCUCCUCCUCACUGUGUUCUUCACGUGUGCGCCAAUUCCCCUCAUGAAGAUCAGUCCGUGGUGGUAUUUUGCUGUCAUUUCCAUGUCUGGAGUCUUUGCUGUUACCUUUUCUGUGAUUUUUGCCUAUGUUGCUGAUAUCACACAGGAGCAUGAACGCAGCACAGCGUAUGGCUUGGUAUCAGCCACGUUUGCUGCUAGUCUGGUCACAAGUCCAGCAAUCGGUGCGUACCUUUCCCAAGCCUACGGUGAUACCCUGGUGGUUGUGCUCGCUUCAGGUGUUGCUUUACUGGAUAUUGGUUUCAUCUUGCUGGCUGUGCCAGAAUCUCUGCCAGAAGAGAUGCGCCCAGUCUCCUGGGGAGCUCCCAUCUCUUGGGAGCAAGCAGACCCUUUUGCUUCCCUGCGGAAGGUGGGUCAGGACUCUACAGUGCUGCUCAUCUGUAUCACCGUCUUUCUCUCCUACCUUCCCGAAGCCGGCCAGUAUUCCAGCUUCUUCCUCUACCUGCGACAGGUCAUUGGUUUUUCCUCAGAGACGGUAGCGGCCUUUAUUGGUGUGGUUGGAAUUCUCUCUAUCCUGGCCCAGACAAUAGUGUUGGGAAUUCUCAUGCGUUCAAUAGGAAACAAAAACACCAUCUUACUGGGAUUAGGCUUCCAGAUCCUGCAGCUUGCCUGGUAUGGCUUCGGAUCCCAGCCAUGGAUGAUGUGGGCAGCAGGAGCUGUGGCUGCUAUGUCCAGUAUCACGUUUCCGGCCAUUAGUGCCAUGGUGUCUAGAAACGCCGACCCUGACCAACAGGGUGUCGUUCAGGGGAUGAUCACUGGAAUUCGGGGUCUGUGUAAUGGACUGGGACCAGCUCUCUACGGCUUCGUCUUCUAUCUCUUUCAUGUUGAGCUGAAUGAAAUGGCCGAGGUGGAGACUUUAGGUAAAGCCCCCAAGCCAAACAUGGCCAACCCUACGGAUGAGAGCAGCAUUAUCCCGGGGCCUCCUUUCCUGUUUGGGGCGUGCUCCGUCCUGCUGUCGCUCCUGGUGGCCUUGUUCAUCCCAGAACACAACCUCGUGCUGAGAUCAGGCAGCCACAAGAAACACAGCAACGGAGCCCAGAGCCACAGCCCGCAGGCCGGAGGAUCGGACGGGAAGGAGCCCCUGCUCGAGGACAGCAGCGUAUGAGGUUGGGAGAGAAGAGCCUGGCUUGGGUCUCAGCUUGAGAUCGAGGAUGGACUUGGCCAGCUGGAGCCUGGGGAGAGAGCGGGUGGGGGGAGAAGACAGGAGCUAAAGGACUGUCCCAUCAACAGCUAACGAGAAGGGAAAAGGUUUCCCUUCAAGCCAAAUAUAUCCAGCUGGUGCAAAAUGGAAUUAUAUCACCUGGUGCUGAUGGAAAGGGGAGAGGCUGAACUGCACUACGUGAAGGAAUAGUUCUUUAAAGCAAACCUGCUCUCGUAUGUGAAUACUGAACUUCAUGGUGUGACCUGCCAAAUACUCAACUUGCCAGUGAAAAAAAUAAGGAACCAGUUUUGUCUUUGUUUUAAUGUGAGCUAACUGAUCUGCCAGCAAGAAUAAAACAAGGCAUCUGUUACCUGCCUCCAUCCCCUUAAGUAACUGGUACUUGCUGCUCAUCCCAUCCCAGCGCAGUUGGUAAACGCCAGCCCUGGGGGUGGAAGCUGCAACGUGCAACUUGCACCGCGAUAACGCAGUGAGAAGAGCAGUUUAUGAAGAAGAGCUAGCAGAGUCAGCAACGUCAGGUAGAUCCCCACUGCUUGAGGAUCUUAUGGAUUUGUCCAUUCCAGUCUGAGCAAAACUUGCACAGAAAACAA